AUGAAUGGUAUAGAGAUCGAUCGAAAUAAAAACGUUGGUCUUACGAGUCUCAUGAAGGGCUACCUUUCCCUGACUCCUGGUCAACGCUCGGUGAUGGAUAAUGCUGGUUGGGUGCAAGGAGACAAAUUGACCGACGCAGCUGGUUACUUUGACGUAUCCGUACCACUGAGUAUGAUACUAGGCUUUGCCGAAGAUUAUCGCAAGAUCGUCGUAAACGCUAAGCACGAGUUGAUUUUGACGAGAGCAAAGAGCGAUGUCAAUGCCAUUGUACAAACUGCUCCGGAGGAAUGCAAAGUUGUAAUUCAAAAAUUGGAAUGGUUGAUACCGUACGUAAAGGUUUCCGAUCGUCGAAAGAUAGAACUGCUGAAAUUCAUCGAGAAGGAUGCACCCAUCCCUAUGAGCUUCCGCACCUGGGAACUGUACGAGUAUCCUCUACUGCCUACCACAUCCAAACACGUGUGGACCGUCAAGACGUCCAGUCAACUUGAGAAACCUCGAUACGUUAUAUUGGGAUUCCAAACUGGCAAAAAGAAUAAUAAAAAUAAGAAUGCCAGUCACUUUGACCAUUGCAAUGUCAGAGACGUUAAACUCUUCUUGAAUUCGCAAUGCUACCCCUAUGGAAAUCUAAACCUUGACAUUGAUCGAAAUCAAUUUGCUCUGCUGUACGAGAU